AGAGGUCCCGAUGUUGGAUCUUUGGUAAAAUCACAAAUAUUCUCAAUCGAAGAGCUUGGUCCUAUCAAGGGUGUGUAAAAGAGUCUUGCUCUAAAAAGGCCUCUGCUCACGGCGACAAGUUUAAGUGCUCUAAAUGCAAUGAGGUGUUCGACCAGGGAAUACACCGAUAUAAAAUUACUGUUAUCGUGAAGGAUUCUUCGGGCUCUGUUACGUUAUGUCUGUGGGAUCACGAGUGUCGUCAGUUGUUGCACAAAACUGCGGGCCAACUCAGAGAACAACUGAAUCUGAGUGGCAUUCAUGAGACAGCGACGUCAAAAGAAAUUGACGAUUUAGUGGGUCUACAUCUUUUGUUUAGGGUUGAUAUAAGCGAGGAAGAUUUUAAAAAAAGUGACAAAGUUUUUUCCGUGAGGUGCCUCACACAAAAUGAUGAUCUUAUGAACCAAUUUCUGGCAAAAACAAAUGAUGAACAACAAGUGG